AAAAAGAACUAUAGGUUAAGGUGCUAUAUUAAAGUAAAAAUGACGUAGGCGAUCGUUCGUGAUCCCUAGCUUUGAAGGGGUUCUAUAUCGGUAUCGAUCGUAAAGUGACCCAUAUCUGGUGGUGACGGGAGUUCCUACCCCUGGCUGCUUUUCCAGUGACAGCACCCCUACCUCCUCUCUCUCUCUUUCUCUCUUUUUCCCGGUCCUCUAUCCCCUCUAAGUAACUAUACUCCCGCCAGACCCGUGCCUACCCCCACUCGUUGCCCCUUUCUCCGGUGGGCGAGCGAAUAUACCUCCUCCCCCGUUUUCCAGCAGCCCUGCCGCCUGCCUUCCACGGCCGAGCAGAUCUUGGAGCUUGUACGGGAUGAUAGCCGAGUGAAAAAGCUCGCGAAUCCCGUGAAGUUCGCUCAUCAGCAGCAGCAGCCCUGGCCUGCCACAAUCCCUUCGACUCGGUUAUCUCGAUUCACAUACCUAAGGGGGCUGAGGGUAUCGUGGGGGCGCAAUGAAAAAAGAAUUCCUUUUCGCAUCCAGAGAAUUGAAUACGCCUAAUCGUGGGAUCGUCGUGUGCAGCCUGGCAGGCCCCGCAAAAGCCGCCAAUUAAUUAAGAUAGCUCCUAGAUACACGGUAGAUCGAUAGGGACUGGCCGUGAUAAAGACGGGCGAGGGUUUCAGACUUCAGGGAUGUUGCAGUGCUGUGGUGUUGGAGGUGGCGCUUCCACGGCACCUCAGGCUCCGCAGCUGCAGGAUACCGGAUCUGCUGUCGGGAUUACCACCUCCACGAAAACCACCAUCAUGCAGGACGCAGUUCUUGAAUCUAUUCUCGAGCAAAUGCGUGAAACAGAAGCUCGAAAGGCGGACUUGGAGCGUCAACAUGCAGAAGCACAGAAUCAAUUGCGGGAAAAGAUAGCAGGACGAUACCAAGGGCCGGAAUCGGUUGAAGCGUUGCAAUCGAAGAUAAGGGAGCUCGAAAAGAAGACAGAGUUGCAGAUGGUCAGACACGAAGAAUUAUCAUUGGAAUUAACAAGUCUUAGACGUGCGCGAAGCAGAGGGCCUAUGGUUGGCCAUUCGGUUCCAACCACUUGGCCUCCGGCUGGCUCUGAAAUCGAUAGAAUAAUAGCGAAGAUAGAACAAGAUAACAGUGCAAACAGAAUGAUACACGAUUUGGAUCAUACCAGAGGAACGAUUACCACGCAACAACCCUCCGUCACACAGGGUCAUAUUUUGCGAUCCAGCUCAGAAAAUCUUCCUAAUCUCGGCCAACAUCAACACCCACCUCAUCCACAUGCUCUGAGCCUAGGAAUGCCAACCCAAAUGAGUCAUUACGCAGGUUCACCUAUGCCAUUAACGCCAAUGAUGCCUGGUUGUCCACCACUGACUCCAAAUGGGCCGCCUUACUACAGCGAACCGAUACCACCAGCGCCAUCGCUCUCUACCAGCCAAUCGCAACCAGUUUUCCAACAGAAGCUUCAACAGUACCAACAACCUCAACUGAGCCACACCGAGUUACAGAGCACGCAUUCGCAAAGUGUUCUGCAAACACAGCAACAACAGAAGCAACAACAAACGCACACCCAUUACACGAGCAAUCAGUAUCAGGAGAGUUAUCCGCAUACGCAAACCUAUCAGCAGCCGCUCCAACAGCAACAACAGCAACAACCGCAACAUCCGGCCUCUACUACGUACCUGACAUCAUCUAGCCAAAGCAUAAUACCUCAUUACUCGCAGCCGGCCACGCAAACCGGCCAAAGUUUUCAAUUGAAUGGAAAUCAACAGGCAACGACGUAUCCAAGUUUAUCCAUUACAUCGCAUCCGAAUGGAACCUAUAGUACGGGGGCGGGUGGUAGCUUCAGUACCCAACUAUCGCAUCACAACUUUUCCGUUCCACAGACGAGUAUUCCCCAAACAACGUUGUCCUCGUUACCACCUUAUUCGACGAGCACCUUUCAUUCAACUUUGGGCGCGCUUACCAACGUACCACAAUCCGCUCUUCCCUUCUCGAGUGUACAGAGCAGUUUCGUUACCAGCGGAUCGACCUACUCUACCGUCGGGACCAAUGCUUUUGGCACAUCGGGCGUGUCUUCAGGAACCACAUCGACAGGCUUGUUACAAGCGAUAAGCGACCCCCUUCAGGCGAUGCAACAACUUUCAGCGCAAUCCCAAGCUAACCAACUUCAGCAGCAAGCCAUUAUUCAACAGAUCCAACAAAGUUUACGCGCCAGUUCGCCUACAGCGCCCUCUACGACGGGCCAUCACUUCCUUGGCUCAAGGCAGAUGCCAAAGAUACCUAGUAGUAUACUUUCAAAUCCUUUAGAUCGACUGACAAAUGACAAUAUCGUGGCCGAGGGGCAGGUGGAUAUGCUGGAUAUACCCGGCAAAGGGCGAUGCUACGUCUAUAUCGCUCGUUUCACUUACGAGCCGUUUCAGCAUUCCCCAAACGAGAAUCCUGAAGCAGAGUUGCCCGUUCAAGGUGGCGAUUAUUUACUUGUGUGGGGGCAACCGGACGAGGAUGGUUUCCUAGAUGCGGAAACUCUUGAUGGUAGACGCGGCCUUGUUCCAGCUAAUUUUGUUCAGAAAUUGAUCGGUGACGAUUUAUUAGAAUUCCACCAAGCUGUUCUCGGCCUCAGGGACGUCGAUGAUUCAGCUUCGACUAAUAUUCCCCAAGUGAGCAAUUGUUAUUUACAGGAUAUCGAUUUAGAGUUAGCGGCGCUGGAGGAAGGUAAUCGGAAUCGACAAGCCGAAUUAUCUGCAUACGCUGAGCUCGAUAAUAUCGCGGAGGAGGACGAACAAGAGCCACCAGAAGUCUACCUGUUUUCGGACCUAGUUCCGGCGCCACAGCACCUCACUCUCGAGCGGCAGUUGAACAAGAGCGUUUUAAUCGGUUGGACGGCGCCAGAAAAUACUCACCAAUUGGAAUCAUAUCACGUCUACGUGGACGGAGUGUUGAAGGUUACCGUCAAAGCAACGGAGAGAACCAGAGCGUUGGUCGAAGGAGUUGAUUCUACUAGGCCACACAGAAUAAGCGUACGUUCAGUGACACACUCGAGAAGAACGUCUCGCGAUGCCGCUUGUACGAUGGUAAUUGGUAAAGAUGUCGCUUUGGGCCCAACCGCUGUCAAGGCAUCGAACGUAACCGCCACUAGUGCAGUCAUAUCUUGGAUGCCGAGCAAUAGCAAUCAUCAACACGUGGUUUGUGUGAAUAACGUGGAGGUUAGGACGGUGAAGCCUGGUGUUUAUAGACACACGAUUACCGGUUUAGCUCCCUCGACAAUCUAUAGGGUAACCGUGAAAGCAAAGAAUCUGAGGGCGACGCAUUUCGAGGACCAAAAUACCCAAACGGCAAACAAUUUAGCCUGUCAUGUCCAUUUCAAAACAUUACCCAAAGGAUUACCUGAUCCUCCGGUCGAUAUCCAGGUGGAGGCUGGACCGCAGGACGGCACUUUGCUAGUGACCUGGCAGCCUGUUGCCCUAAACGGUUCGGCCGUCACCGGUUACGCGGUGUAUGCCGAUGGAAAAAAGGUCACCGACGUAGACAGCCCCACCGGUGACCAUGCUUUGGUGGAUAUACACAAACUUAUGGGUUUGAAUCCCAAGCACAUCACGGUCAGGACAAAAAGCAGGGAAAGUCAAUCGGGCGAUAGUUGUGCUACUGCUAUUCCUUGUAGCGUUCUUCGUGGUGGAACCGCGACUCAUUUGCAACAUGGGUCUACGCACAUGCAAGAUCAAGGACAACCGCAACCCACCGCUACCGGACAACCAGAUGAUCCGAGUAGGCAUCGUUUAGGAGGUGUAGGUCAAAGAUAUCCAUCGACUCCUGUACCUUCUCAUAUAAGAAGGCACGGAGGCACCAGGGUUGACGCUCAUGGCCAAGUUAUUAUUGAGACUGAUGAAAACUUAUCUGAUAAAGAAAUUUAUCCUGGGCAAAGCAUGUCCCAGAUGGGAGUUCCAGAAAUCACCAAAGAUUCGGCAAGCGAAGCGAAUUACAGCGAGGAAGAUGAUCCGUCACGUAGAGGUAGAGGUAUGCCGCUUCAUCAUAAUCAACAUCGAUAUGGACCUCAAAUAGGGCAACAAGGGCUUCCUGGGACGCAUCGACCAGGACGAAUGGGUGGUCCUGCUGGUAGGCCUCAAGAUCCUUAUUACGAUCAACCAGGAAGUCAAAGAGGUAGGGCUUCUAGCUACCGUGGAGGACGAGGAAUGCAAGCCCAAGGUGGUGCGGGCCAUUCGUCAAGUAGCGCUCAACAAAUGAACAAAAGAACACGUUGGUUUAUUGCCCUAUUUGAUUAUGAUCCGAAAAGAAUGUCACCUAAUCCGGACGCUUGUGAAGAAGAAUUGCCCUUCUCCGAGGGUGAUACUAUUAAGGUGUACGGCGAAAAAGAUGCGGAUGGAUUUUAUUGGGGAGAGUGUCACGGUAGACGAGGGUAUGUUCCUUAUAACAUGGUUGAAGAAAUUAAAGAUCAAAAUCAGCCUGGGCAAGGGCAGCUAGGAAGGAGAGGAAGAUGGGGAGAUAUUUAUGCUAGUAUGCCUGUGAAGAAAAUGAUAGCACUCUAUGACUAUGAUCCUCAUGAAUUAUCUCCUAAUGUUGAUUCCCAAGUGGAAUUGGCAUUCCAAACUGGAAAUGAAAUCUAUGUCUAUGGUGACCUAGAUGAUGAUGGAUUUUAUAUGGGUGAAUUAAAUGGGGUGCGUGGUUUAGUUCCAAGCAACUUCCUUACUGAAGCUCCUGAUCAACCGCCACAAGGACAACUUCCUCCAGGAAAUAGGAGACCACCAGGACAAAGUCAAGGGCCAGGAGUCAGAGGACCACCUCCUCCGCCUCGAGAACCACCUCCUACUGGUCAUCGACGAGGCAAAGAUGCCUGCAUUGUGCCUGUGUCUGUCCCUGUCUGUCACUUAGACUCUAGACAACAACAACAACAACAACAACCAUCACUAAUGAACAACCAACAACAUCAACUCCAACAUCAACAAAACAAUCCACCGCAUCUAGCGUACCAACAAGCGAAUCACCACAGCUACACGACUGUAACCACGUCCAAUCAACAUGGGCCCACACCUAUGGGUGCCCAUCAACAAGGUCCCGUACCACCCCACCUUCAACAACAGGGGAAGGGGAGGGGAGGCGUGAUCAAUCGUGGUAGUAAUUUACCAGGAGGUAUGCAGGGCCUUGGACAACAACAAGACUAUCCGCAACAAAAUCAACCGUAUCAACAACAACAGCAAAAUCAGCAGAACCAAAGUUAUCAGCAACAGAACCAAGGAUAUCAACAGCAAAGCGCAGGAUUCGGCCCCCAAGGCCAACAAUUCCAACAGCAACAGCCUCAACAGCAGCAACAACAACAGCAACCGAAUCAACCGUAUUCCCAACAGAAUCAGGCUUCCUCGAUGCAAAGCAGUCAGAGCACGAGUAAGCCGAUGAGAGGAAUACCGACAGUGUUGCCGACGCCUCAAGCAAAGGUGCAACCGAAUACCACGCAAGGCCAACAACAACAACAACAGCAGCAACAGCAGCAAAGUACAGGGCCGAAUCUGAUGCAAAAGUUCACGGAGAUGGCCGGUGCGAGCGCUGGCGGCGAUAUCCUGUCGAAAGGGAAAGAACUGAUUUUCAUGAAAUUCGGAUUAGGCAAGUGAGUGAUUACCUUGCCCGUGUCGCCAGCUCCGCUUCUUCUCCAUUUCAGCCCUACCAUAUUGUCGUGAAUUCGUCGCUGAAAGCUCGAAGAAUCAAGAGAUUUGUUCAUAAAUCAGUAUUACGGAGAAAUAUUGUUCGCGGAGAAUAAGCGAGACGCGAACAGGCAGGAACGUACGAAUGCGUCUCGUCCGAUCAAGUCUUCGCGAAUAUCCCUGAACAAAUACAAAUGUGUGCUGCCAUUGCUGCUGCUGCUGUUGCUGCUGCUAUAAUAAUAACGAUUGUUAUUAUCCCCCUGCAAUCAUUGGAUCGUUCGAUUGAAAAGAUCUAUUCACCCACGAAGAGACCGAUAUUUAUUAAUCUUUCUCGUUGGUGCAACUUCCUAUAUAGGUAUUAGUAAAAUAAAAAAAAAAAAAAGAAGAAUGUUCGCUUGCAUUUUGAUAUCUUU